CUCCUGCAGCACAAUCAGGAAGAGCCACGCCUUCCGCUGACGUCACGCCGCUUCCGCUCUCUGCGCUUCCGGCUGGAGACACGUUGUUUCGCUCGCUCCACGUCUCCAUCGAGGAUGAGGCCCCUCACAGAAGAGGAGACCAAGACGCUGUUUGAGAAGCUGUCCAAAUAUAUCGGGGAAAAUAUCAAGCUUCUCGUGGACCGACCCGAUGGAACGUUUUGCUUCCGACUUCACAACAACCGUGUUUACUACAUGAGUGAGAAGAUUCUGAAAUUGGCCACCAACAUUUCACGGGACAAACUGGUGUCAGUGGGUACAUGUUUUGGGAAGUUUACCAAAACCAACAAGUUCCGGCUGCAUGUGACGUCUCUGGAUUUCCUGGCUCCUUACGCUAAGUUCAAGGUUUGGGUCAAACCUGGAGCCGAGCAGUCCUUCCUCUAUGGGAACCACGUGCUGAAAUCUGGACUGGGCCGGAUCACGGAGAACACCAUGCAGUAUCAGGGAGUAGUGGUCUACUCCAUGGCUGACGUUCCUCUGGGCUUUGGGGUUGCAGCCAAGUCGACCCAGGAGUGCCGGCGUGUGGAUCCCAUGGCCAUCGUUGUAUUCCACCAGGCUGAUGUGGGCGAGUUCAUCAGAUGCGAGGACACGCUGACGUAACCCUGUUGAGCUUGUUUCGGAUGGUGUGAGCGGAUGGGUGUGUAGCAGAACCCUGGAUCCUCACCGGACAGCGCCAUGAAGGACUCUGGCUCGGGACUGCAUUGUGAUGAUGGCAAAGCUGAUGGAAGGUCAAUGAAUUCACCGUGAACACAUGAGCUCUGUGAUGUUGGUCAGGGUUCGAGGCGCCUCUGGUUUCUUUGCAUUUUAUUUUCAGUGAGCAAUGCAAAUCUGUGCCAUAUUGCUUUAGACGCUUGGAAUGUGUGUACAGCAACACAAGUUCCGGAAUGAAUUCAUGAUUCUGUUUUUGAAAAAAUAAAAGGCUU